AUGUCAGGGCACUACAUCCAGCCAGCGCACACCGAAGUGGCAGGGCCGAAAGGUACCAACAAGUUCUGGGCCAACUGGGUCGUCUCGAGCGGGGCCCACCAGACCAUCUACCCUGGGCCAUACUCGCUGCGGUGGGCCUCCACGGCCGCUGGAGCUCCGCCCGACCUGCGAGUGUCCCACGGCGAAGCCACCAACGUGUACGGCAAUGCCCAGACGACGGGUACGGACCGCAUCGAGUGGUACACGACACCCUUUGUCGGCGAAUUUGGUCUCGGUGCGGUCGAGUCGUCCGGUGGGCAAGGGCACACCAUCGUGCGCGAGGGGCUCUUCGGCGUCUGGGCAGCGUGGCGUGGCCCUGCCGGCACGUCGCGCAAGGUAACGUACCCUAUCUUCAGCGGCAUGACCUACGUCUCCGCCCUCUUCGAAGGCGGGUUCACACCUCGCAUUACCUCGCAGCGAGCCAUCACGACCGUUCACAAGGUUGGCGACGGAAUCUGGAGUUUUGUCAACAACGGUGGUGUUGAGUUUCGCGUCUACGCCCUCACGCCAGAGGGCGAGCCCGUCGACGGCUCUUUUGACUUCGACGCUGCUGGCAAGCUAAAUGGCCCGCUAGAGGGAUGGAUCAGACUCGCGCGCGUCGUGGAGCAGGGCGACGAAGCCGUCCUCGACGCGCAUGCAGGCGCCGUGCUAACGGGCGUAGACCUUGAGGUCCUGGCCGGCGGAGCAGUGCGGUAUGCGUUCGAGAAGCCUGGCGGCAGCAGCACGCCGGUCCUGCACUUCGCGUACCGGCACCACAUAGCGCUGUUCGCUGGCGUCGAGCAGAGCGAGGCGGUGGGUCUGGCGCCCAUGCGCGCGCCGACCAAGGGCCACAUGCAUGGCGUCGUGGGCGACGCCUGGAAUCUCGCAGUCGACCUCUCUGAGGUAUCCGGCCUGGGCUUCCUGCUUGAUGGCGACCCUGACGCUUCGUUGGUCCCGUUCCUGGCGCAGGAGUCGCUCGGGACGCUCCAGUGGUUCCUUCAAAAUGACAACUGGAAGACGGCCUUGUUCAAGAACAGCUAUUACUUCAGCGGGAAGGGCUUCCAGAAGGUCGCGAUGAUCUGUUUGCUCGUGGAGAAGUUCUAUGGCGCGAGCGACGGCCAGACGCAUGCCUGCGCUGGCAUUCUGGAGGCGGGGUUCAGGUGCUUAUACGAUCCUGCCUACUCCGGAGACUGCGGCAACGCGCCCAGGGGGACGUAUUACGACCAGGACUGGGGCGGCAUUCCAAGCAAGGAUGGCUACAGUAGCGAGGGCUGCAUGGGCUGGGUGGACUUUGGCAACGCCUGCUACAAUGACCAUCACUACCACUACGGGUCCGUCUUCUCGACCUCAAUCCUCUGCUCCCUCGGAUUCUAAAGUGACCACAGCUUUUCGCGCGAAAAGUCACGGGUGUCCAUGGGCCAGGAGGAACACCUCUGGCAUCACUGAUUCCUCCUGCUCCCCUCCUCCCCUUCCUCGUCCUCGUUCGCCUCCUCCUCCUCCGCUUCCUCCUCGUCCUCCUCGUCGUCGUCCUCCCUCUCUGCUCCUGUCUCCCCCCC